AUGAACAACAAGGAAACGCUCGAGUCCUUUCAAAGCAUAACAGGAGCCGACGAGGCCACCGCGCGAUGCUUCCUCGAAUCCUCCAACUGGAAUCUCGAGGCGGGCAUCAGCACUUUCUUCGACCACGGAGGGGUGAGCCCAGCAGCCGCGGUCGUUACGGCCUCGAGGGUCCCCUCCCUCGGCAAGAGCGACCACAAGCAGAAGAAGACGCUCCACAGGAGCGGCAGCGGAGGAGACUGGCCGACCACGAGAGACGACGUGAAAGAAGAGCUCGCGAGGCUCAAGGAGGACUACCAGCGCCUGCACGAGCGGCUGGCGCUGUACGAGCGGCGCGAGAGGGAGCAGCAGGAGCGGGAGCUCGAAGAGGAGGAGGCGCGCCGCGAGCUCGAAGAGGAGGAGCGCGACAACAGAUCGGCGGCCGCGGCCAUGGUGCCAGUGCCGAUCGACCCCGAGGAGCGGCGGCGCGCGCGCCAGGCCUACCGUCAGCUCGCCGGGCGGCCUCGCGACGGCGACGUCGGCCUGUGGUCCAACCGCCAGCGUGAGCGUAGCAAGCUGCGCGCCGGCGACCUGCAGGCCCUGGCGCACAUGCUGGGCCUGGCGAUGACCAACGCCGAAGCGACGCGCACGGCGCAGGCCCUGGCGACUCGCGCGAGCGGCGGCGACGACGGAGAAGACGCGGAGCAGGUCAUCCGUGGUCUCCUGAACAAGCAAGAUCAAAAGCCGGGCGAAAAAUGGAGUGCGGUCAACCCGCUCGCCAAGCUGCAGCCGUGGACCACCUUCCUCGCCCAGGCCCGAAGCGCGGCUCAGGCUUCCGCAAUGGAUGGUGACUCGGGUGACGUCACCCUGGACGUCGACAUCAAUGCGGGCACUCCUCCCUCUUCUCAGGCCGCGGCCAUUCACGCCAAGCUCAGCCUCGACGCCACCCAGGCGGCCUUGUGGCGAGAAGACCACCGCGCUCCGUCGGAAGACAGCACCAUCCUCUCUUUUUCCUUCACCACCGAAGAGGGCGUGGACAGUUUCGGCCUGGGCGAGAUCUCGGGCGCGCUCAAGGACAUUCUCGCGUCGAUGCAGCCAGUGCUCCAGUACUCGAGCUUCCAGGUGCAGGUCAAGCAGCAGCAGCCGAGGGAGGGAUGCAGCGACGGGAAGGAGAAGGACAAGGCCGUCGCCGACGAGGGGGCGGCGCGCAUCUUCCGGCUCACCCUCUUCUUUGCCGACCUGGCGCCGGUGCACGAGCUGGCGGGCCUUUUGCUGCUCGGCUUCGAGGCCAAGGACCUCGAGGCCAGCCUACAAUUCAGCGGCGGCAUCUACAACGACGAGAAAACGAGCGUGCACAGCGAGGAGAGCAUCAAGGCCAGCGCCAGGGUGCGCGCCCAGCUCCCGGGCCACCAGCUGGCGGUGCUUCUGAAGGCGCUCAAGGCCUACCGCGCAGCUACGAACCUCGCCGGCGGGGCUGUGCGCCACGACGACGACAGCGACGACGAUGAUGCCCACAUCGCGAAGCUGGUGACCAAGCUGCGCCAGCUGGCUCUGCGGUUUGAAUUUGCCGACCUUGCCGACGCUCUCCGCCACUACCUCCCAUCCUCAAGCAACGACGUCGGGAUCCUCCACUUCGUCAUCGUCAUCGACGGCGGCGUUCAUGGAAGAUGUCAGGACCUCACCGUCAAGCGCGCGUGCUGCGACGAAGCUGACGUGGCAUUCGCUGAGGCAGAGCCUGCGAUGGUCGGCGCCCCGCCGCCCGCCGUUGCGGCCUACAGCGACAUUGUCCAGAAGCUCCGCGCACUGGAUUCGAUUCAUUUGCAAUGCGGAAACGCUGCGUUGCGCGUCACGUUCGACAACGCGCUGCUCUCGUUCCUGCCGAGCAUGGCCGAGCUGACGCCCGUCAUCGACAAUCUGCGGGAGGCGCGUAGCGAGGAGGCCGCACGAGAGAGCCUGCACUCGCAAAACAUCAGGCUGGUGUUCAUGGGCGACGACACGGUGGGCAAGACGAGCUACUUGAUCACUGCGGCGGAGCACGCGUUCCCCCUGCACGCGCCCAUGAUGAACGAGAACAGGGAGCUCUCGCUGGCCAUCGACGGUCGCACAGUAUGCGUCUCGCUGUGGGACAGCAUGGGAGUGGACAGCUACCGGCGGCUGCGGGCUCUGGCGGCUGGGUCGACCGACAUGUUCGUCAUCUGCUUUGCUGUUGAUGACCCCGAAUCCUACGCCUCCGUCAGAACCAAGUGGGUGCCCGAAGUGCAGACGCACUCCAAGCCGUUCAUCGUUUUGGCCCUCAAGACUGACCUGCGUCGUGUGGCGGGCUCCUCUGUCAUUACGGAAGAGGAGGGCCGUAAGCUCGCUGAGGAAGUCGGGGCACAGGGCUACGCCGAGGCUUCGGCGCAGGACAUGAGCGGGCUGCCCAUGCCAAUCCUGGAGUCGUACCGGGCGCGCAUGAAGUUCCUCAGCUCGGGUCCGUCCGACGGCGCCAAGCGCCGAAUAAGAACAAAGGGAAGGAGCCUCAGUGUCACGUCCUUUGAGUAA